ACAGGAGAAGCCAUGAAAUGCAGCCUUGUGCUGCACGCUGAUACCCGGGGGAGGCCGUACCGUGCUGAAGACUUCGUAGGACCUCUGAACCAGGUGGGAGUUCGGGAAGACGUAGCAGGACUUGGCGCGUUUCAAAUGGGGCACGUCUGGCUGCUGAAGCUGCACAACGCCUCCGCCAAAGAGAAGCUUCUGCGAGAGGGGACCAUGCUGGUGAAGGGGCGACCAUGCCUGGUCAUUGAUCCAGAAAAACGAGAGCUGAAGGUAAAAGUCCACUGGGUGGCAUUCGACGUAACUGCUGACGCCCUUCGACGGGCCUUCGAGCCGUACGGGGAGGUCAAGGGUGUCACCCGAGAGAAGUGGAGAAUCGAGGGCCUGGCAGACGUGGAUUCCACUACCGUCAUCGUCCGCAUGGUGCUCCGCGAAGGCGUAACACCGGAGUCCCUGCCGCAUCAGCUCCGCCUCUACGGAGGCCCGCUCCUGGUUGUCGUCCCCGGACGGGCGCCGGUGUGCCUCCGCUGUCGACGCACGGGACAUAUACGGCGAGACUGCAGAGUGCCGAGGUGCGAGGAGUGUCGAGCCUUCGGGCAUGAGGCCUCGGAUUGCGUACGGUCGUAUGCUCGAGCUGUUGCCAGCAAGACCACCGACAGCCAGGACAGAAACCUCGUAAUGGACGAGGAGGAGGCCGAGGCGGCGGCGACUCCAACCGCGAGGAUUUCUUCGCAAGACCGUCAAGAGUCCGGUGAGCAGGAACACGAGCUGACGGCGAUGCCAAAAGGCCAGGUCUCCACCGUAACGUUGACGGCAGAAGGCACUGUCGGUGAAAAUGAGCCUAACGCGAAGAAGACCAGUGAAACGACACCGGCAGCUAAGGACGCGACUGACGCACUGGACGCCGGAGAUGGUACAGCAAUGGACUUCGCGACCGAGGCGAUCAAGCGGCGGCUCAGCGACCCGGAGCAGGGAACCGACCAGACGCUCCAGCAGACUGAGGGACCCUGGUUCAUAGUGACGAGAACAAGAUCUCGCAAACCGAUGAAAGAUCUGCCGUCCGCCAUUGUGGAGACAUUGGUAGCCAAUAACGGGGACCCCUACGCGUGGUGGUACGGGCAAAUCAUGAGCUACGCCCUCCGGAUCAACAACUCAACGCUGCACAAAAUUGACAAGUUCAAGGUGGCUAGUGGCUACGAACAUCCCAUUGUCGGAGUGAAUGUAUUCAAGCGGCUGGUGUUCGCUCUGAACAGUGAAGCGUUUGCCAAACAAGAAGAUGCGAAAUUUUCGCACUGCCCACACGAGGGCAACGCUUUCACGCUCAAUGGUGAAAUAGGCGACUUGUCGUGGCAACUUCCGGCUUGGAUACGCAACAAAAUGUAA